AUGGCUUCCCCCAAGAAGCAGCUCAUUCUGAAUGCCUUUGUCGAGUCAUGCAGCGGCCAUCAGUCGCCGGGGCUCUGGCGGCACCCGGAUGACCACUCGUCCGAGUUCAACAACAUUAAGCACUGGGUGAAGUUGGCUCAGCUGCUGGAGAAGGGCGGCUUCCACGGCAUGUUCAUCGCUGAUGUGCUGGGCGCCUACGAUGUGUACAAGGGACCCAAGAACCCUGAUCCUGCCAUUGUUUCUGGAGCGCAGUGGCCGGUCAACGAACCGUUGAUGACAGUGUCAGCCAUGGCUGCGGCGACGGAGAGUCUGGGUUUCGGCGUCACGGUCGCAACGACCUACGAACAGCCGUACCACCUCGCGCGUCGUCUCAGCACUCUUGACCACUUGACGGGAGGGCGUGUCGGCUGGAACAUUGUCACGGGCUACCUCGAUUCGGCGGCCCGUAACCUUGGCCACACCCAACAGCCGGAGCACGACGAGCGAUACGUCAUGGCUGAGGAGUAUGUCGAGGUCAUGUACAAGCUUUGGCAAUCCUCGUGGCGAGAUGACGCCGUCAAGCUGAACCGCGAGACGGGCAUCUAUACGGACCCCAAGCUCGUCCGGACGAUUGAUCACGUCGGCAAGUUUUACCAGGUGCCGGGCCCCCACAUUUGUGAGCCGUCGCCGCAGAGAACACCGGUCAUUCUUCAGGCCGGCACUUCACGGGCUGGAAAGGCAUUUGCGGCGAAGAACGCCGAGGCCAUCUUCGUCGCUGGCCAUUCGCCAUCUGUCAUUGCCAAGAACAUUGCCGAGAUCAGAGCGGCGGCGCGGGAUGAGUACGGGCGUGACCCUGCCUCCAUCAAGUUCCUUGCUCUGCUGUGCCCGGUCAUUGCGAGCACGCAGGAGAAGGCGCAGGCGAGGUACGAGGAAUUCCUCAGUUAUGGCUCCGAGGACGGUGCUCUGGCCCUCUUCGGUGGAUGGACGGGCAUCGACCUGGCCAAGUACGGCGACGACGAAGAGCUGCGGCACGUAGAGUCGAAUGCCAUACGGUCAGCAGUCGAAGCCUGGAGCAAGUCAGCGCCGGGCGUGGCCAAGUGGACAAAGCACACGGUGGGCAAUCACAUCAAGGUCGGUGGACUCGGCGCGACGGUCGUGGGUACGCCGGACUUUGUUGCAGACGAGAUGGAGAGGUGGGUGGCUGAAGCCGAUGUUGACGGGUUCAAUCUCGCGUACGCGCUGAUGCCUGGUUCCUUUGAGGACAUCAUCUCUGACCUGUUCCCCGUUUUGAGGCAACGCGGGCUGCUGUGGGAGGGAUACGCCGUUCCCGGCGGCACGUACCGAGAGAACCUGCGUGGCGAGAAGGGUGCGGCACGACCUCCGCCUGACCAUCCAGCGGCCAAGUUCCACUGGAAAGCUGAAUGA